GUCAACGCCGAGGUGUAUAUACAUCAUUUGUCUCGAUGCCUUACGGGGAAUUCAGCUUAUGAGUCGAAAAUUUCGAUUAAAAAUAGGCCACGCUAAAUAAAUUCUAGAAUACCUAGACGAUAUAGAUUAAUGAUCUAUUUUAUAACUUAUAUUAGCGCUCCUAUAUGAACAAUCAACUCCAAAGUCUUCACCAGUUACUACCACAAAAUGGCCGAGUCAUCCUCGGAGAACGUUAUGUUUAACAUACUGAAGACAAUAGCCGUGGAGGGCGGAGUGCCCAGAGCAGGUCGCCUAGCCCUCCCGAAGCGAAAUCCAAUUGACACGCCCAAUUAUAUUGGUCUUUCAUCACGAGGAUCAAUACCGCAUAUGACACCAGAUGUCAUCUCUAAGCACGUCGAGCUCAACGGCUCAUAUAUGGCCUUGGAAGAUUUUGUAGAAAGAUCCCAAAAGAGAACUCAACCUGCCAUCUUUAACAUAGAUGUUGAUGGUAAAAAUGUUCUACAUGCGUAUACUGCCACACCUACACCACUGGUCACAGUUCUCGGUGCUCGACGGCAUCCAGCAGUAGUUGCACCUAUGGGUAAUGGGAGGGACUAUGUCUCAAUUUACACGUCGACUGGUUUUCAAAAACUGAAAAACAGAGAGUUUCAUCAAGCUAUCGAAAGGCUGCAGCCAGAUAUCGCGAUACCCCUUGCAGAUCUGACGUUUGGCAAUGCUCAUAUUAGGACUAAGCUCCCAAACCAGAAAAGACAGCUCCGAAUGGUAGAGAGAACAGAAGACUGGUUAUCCGAGUUCAUAAAAUUGAGAAACGCUGAUGACAAGACCGAGACCGCUAAGCCCUCAUUAUUUGCCCCGUUGUUACCGGUGGCUUACCCGACGCAAUGGGAAUAUAUAAACCGCAUAUCUCAAGACUACGUGGAACAUCUCUCUGGGCUCGCGGUUCAUGACGCAGAUAUUCUCCCAGACCUCGCGAACCACGAGCCCGUUGGCUCGCUGCCCCGUCUUUCCAUGGAUUUCAUCGCGUCGCCACAAGAGAUUCUUCGGCAAGUUCGCCUAGGAAUAGAUGUAUUUACGAUAACAUUUCUUAACGCAGCUUCGGAUGCUGGAAUCGCUCUUACCUUCUCAUUCCCACCACCGCCAGAGACUGAAGGCAUAAAUCCUUUAGGAAUAGAUAUGUGGUCACGGGAUCAUCAAGUGUCAUUGAAACCGCUCUUAAAGGGUUGCGAAUGCUACACCUGCACCAAGCAUCACCGCGCUUAUCUCCAACAUCUCCUGAACGCCAAGGAAAUGCUUGGAUGGACACUUCUUCAGAUCCAUAACCACCAUGUCCUGUCUGAUUUUUUCAAGGGUAUCCGAGCUGCGAUAAUUGCAGAACCAUCGACGUUUGAGCGCGAUUGUGACGCAUUUUCCAAUAGCUACGAAUCUGUGCUUCCUAAGGGUACGGGAGAGAGGCCUCGAGCCCGAGGAUACCAUUUCAAGACUGAAGGAGGUCAGUCAUCGAGAAUUAACCCUCCAGCCUGGGAGAAGUACGGUGAAGGUGGGACUGAAGAUUCGACUCUCGCUGGAGAAAUAGCAGGACUCGCCGUAACAGGAGCCAUUGCAGAGGGUGGUGAAACCCCUCUUGUUCCUGACACUGAGACUGAUGCCAACGAAUUAGAUAGAAGAGGGUUCGCUGAAAUUGACAAGUGAACCUUAGCAACUUUUAUAAGUGGUGAAAGUGCUGACUUUAAGUUCUUG